AUGAGGAUAGCAAUUUUACACCCAGAUUUAGGAAUUGGCGGCGCAGAAAGACUGAUCGUCGAUGCAGCGCUCAGUUUGCAAUCCAGGGGACACAGCGUUGAUAUAUUCACAAGCUACCACGAUCCCUGUCACGCAUUCAACGAGACCAAAGAUGGUACUCUUAAUGUCCACGUUCUCGGCGAUUGGUUUCCGCGCUCUUUUUGGGGUUAUUUGCACAUAGUAUCCGCAAUCGUACGACAGAUACAUCUAGCUAUAUUGCUUAUGAUCUCUAUUACCCUCUCAAUCAUCAUUUCUCCUAAUAUGUCCUUCUCCGUUUGGUAUAAACCCACACAGCGAUACGAUGUUAUCUUGGUCGAUCAGCUCUCUGCAGCCAUUCCCUUACUCAGACUUUGGCUAAAGACUCCAGUCGUAUUUUACUGUCACUUCCCUGACAAAUUACUCGCAAGUGGCUCUAUAGCACCUGUUAGCGGCGAUGGCAAGACCAUUUACCCGGCUCAAAUGUCCACGCUUAAGCAGCUAUAUAGAAUACCCAUGGAUAGGUUUGAGGAGUUCUCUACCGCUGAUGCUGAUGCUUUAAUCGCCAAUUCUCAAUUUACAAGCAAUGUUAUCAAGAAUACGUUUGUCGAUAUAACCCACUCACCUAUCGUUAUAUACCCUUCAGUAGACACUACUGAUCUUGUAGGAAGCGCAGGUGAUUUGAAUGGUGCGCGCAUCUUCCUAUCUAUCAAUAGGUUUGAACCAAAAAAGAAUGUCAACUUGGCUAUAGAAGCACACGCUAAGCUCAUCGAGAAUGUUGGAAAACAAGAAAGAAACUACUUGAGUCUUGCAUUGGCUGGCGGAUACGAUGCUAGACUACCAUCUAACGUAGACUGCGUACAAAACCUGGAGAAGUUGUGCAAGGUUCAUUCACUUGUGUGUUCGUUUAUUGACGAAGCAAAUGCAAUAAAUCCCAACGACGGUAUCGAUGUUUAUUUCAUGUUGAAUAUCAGCACACAAACCAAGAAAACAUUACUCAACUCAUCCUCUACAAUUGCACUUCUUUACACUCCCACCAAUGAACAUUUUGGCAUUGUUCCUGUCGAGGCGAUGGCAUGUGGGAAGCCCGUUCUCGCUACAAAUACAGGUGGUCCGGUUGAGAGUGUUAAAGAUGGUGAAACGGGGUAUUUGCUCCCUUCUGAUCCACUACAAUGGUCACAUAGGAUGAAAAAUAUGCUCUCAUCAUCUAAUCAAGAGACGAGCAUUAGUUGCUGCAAAGCCAGAGUUGAGGAGCUAUUCACUCUCAAACGAGCAGGCGAAAAAUUUGAACAGGUCUUAGUGGAAGCCGUUAGCCACGGUCUCACUAAUCAACGCGAAAGAGGAGCUCUACUGCAAGGAAGUGUUAUGCUCUUUUUUGUGACUACAUUCAUUGUCUUAUUGAUGAUGAUCAUCUAG